AUGGAGACGCUCCAAAAUUCCGCUGCUGCUGCCGCCGCUUCUUCUCGCCCUUCCCAGGAACGGGAGAUGCCUCUUUUUGUUGCGAAUUCUGCUUGUGGCUGCCGCUCCUCGUUGUCUGCCCGCACCCUCUGCUGGGGAAGGCUGAGGCGGGAGCCGCCGCCUCCCCCCGCCCUCCGCACGCCGCCGCUCACGCGAGCCGCCGCGCCCCGGGAGAUGCUGCCCUGCUCGGGGCAGCCGCGGCAGCUCCGCCCGGCCGGGGCCCGCUCGUCGGGCCGCCGCCGCGGGCUCCGGGCUCGGCUUCGCCGCGCCGCUCUUCUCGCGGGCGCGGAGCGCGGCCUCUCCCGCCCGCCCCGCGCAGGAGCGCGGCCCGGCCGCCCGCGGGGAGCAGCGGCUGUCCCGGUGCUCCGCGGGCAGCCCGCGCCCUCCCGGCCCGGCCCGGCCCGGCCCGGCCCGGCCCGGCCCGCGCUGCGCGGCCGCGGGGGCCGCCCGGCCAGGCGCGCACAUGGGCGCGGGGCGCGCUGCCCGCCCGCGGGGCCGCCGGGCGCCUUCCCGGGCGGAGCGAGCCCUCUGCUGGCGGCGCCGCGCCGGGCCGGGGCUGCCCGCGGGCGGGCCGGGGGGCGCCGGGACAGCGCGGAGCGGCGGCAUGCCCGCGGCGCCGGAGGAACUCGGGAAGAGCCGCCCGCGCCCCGGGGUGAGCGCGGCAGCGGCGGCGGCAGCGGCGGCAGCGGCGGGCAGAGCUCCGGCGGUGCCGCGGUGCGAGGAGGCGGCUCCCGCGGGCUCCGCGCGCACCUCGGGGCUGCGGCCGCGUGGGACCCGCGUACCGAGCUGCGGAGCCCCGAGACCAGCCCGGCUGCUCGGCUCCCACGCCGGAUGCUCCGGGAGACUGCCCGGCCCCGCCGCUCUCUCCGGUGCACUUGCUUGACAGCCGCCCUGCCCCCAGGCCCGCGGGCCGCGGCUCCCUGCGUGGAGAACAGCCCAGGGCAGGGCCCGGCUCAGCCCCGCCGGCCCCGGCUGUGCCAACCCCGGCACUGCCAACCCCCGGUUCUACCAGCCCCGGCACUGCCAGCCCCGGCUGUGCCAACCCGGCUGUGCCAGCCCCGGCACUGCCAGCCCCGGCACUGCCACCCCCCGGCUGUGCCAACCCCGGUUCUGCCAGCCCCGGCACUGCCAGUCCCCGGCUGUGCCAGCCCCGGCUGUGACAGCCCCGGCACUGCCAGCCCCGGUUCUACCACCCCCCGGCACUGCCAGCCCCGGUUCUGCCAGCCCCGGUUCUGCCAGCCCCGGCACUGCCAGUCCCCGGCUGUGCCAGCCCCGGCUGUGCCAACCCCGGCUGUGCCACCCCCCGGCUGUGCCAACCCCGGCACUACCAGCCCCGGCACUGCCAGCCCCGGCUGUGCCAGCCCCGGCUGUGCCAACCCCGGCACUACCAGCCCCGGCUGUGCCAGCCCCGGCACUGCCAGCCCCGGUUCUGCCAGCCCCGGCUGUGCCAGCCCCGGCUGUGCCAGCCCCCCGCCCGCCCUGCCCUUCCCUGGCCGCGGUGCCUCUGAGCAGCUCCUGCAGCCGGCAGAGCCACUCGUGCUGCAUCCGCAGCAUCCUGAGGGAUCCUCUGCUCCCUGCCCGCUCCCUGAGAGUGGAUGCGCAAAUAAUGUAGAGCAGGUUGAAAGUGAAAUUAAAAGCUGUCUCAGAACCAACGGCUCUCCCGUCAGCUUGGACAUCCCAAGAGUGCAGAUCUUAUUUACUCCAUACUUGCUCCAAAGCUGUCUGGUCUGGGGGUUCCGGCUGUGUGUGGAGCCCAAAGCUGCUGUCACAUCCUCACGGCCACCGCUCACCUCAGAGUCCCGAGCACCAACACCUGCGGCGAAAGAGAGGCCACGAUGCACGCACGACUGGGGCAGGGACCUGCCGGGUCUGGGGCAGGGCUGCGGGAAGUGCCGCAGGUUUUGGGGGUUUGGAUCCCCUGGCGUGUGGGGCCGCUGCGGGACCCCCGCUCCGGGCGCUCCGCUCAGGGCAGCGCCUCUCCCGCGGCACCGCCGCUGCCGGCGCUGGCCAGGAGGGGGCGCGGCGGCGCCCGCGGGACGCCGUGGGGAGCGGGGACAUUCGGGCAGGGCCCUGGAGCUGUCCCACACCGGCCCUGGAGCUGUCCCACACCGGCCCUGGAGCUGUGCCACACCGGCCCUGGAGCUGUCCCACACCGGCCAUGGCACGGGCAGCGAGCCCCGGGCUGUCCGGGGACAUUCGGGCAAGGUCCUGGAGCUGUCCCACACCGGCCCUGGAGCUGUCCCACACCGGCCCUGGAGCUGUCCCACACCGGCCCUGGAGCUGUCCCACACCGGCCAUGGCACAGACAGCGAGCCCCGGGCUGUCAGCCCCGGGCUGUCCCACGCCAGUCUCGGAGCACACCCCGGGCUGUGCCACGCCAGUCACGGAGCACACCCCGGGCUGUCCCACGCCAGUCACGGAGCACAGCCCGGGCUGUCCCACGCCAGUCUCGGAGCACACCCCGGGCUGUCCCACGCCAGUCACGGAGCACACCCCGGGCUGUGCCACGCCAGUCACGGAGCACACCCCGGGCUGUGCCACACCGGCCGUCGCGGCAGCGAAGGGCAGGCUCAGCCCGUGUCCGGCACCGAGCCCCAGCCGAACCUUGUCAGGGCAAAGCUUUGUCCCUGCCGCAGGUUCGGUGGCCGCAGCGGCAUCAGAGGCUCCGGGCUGCCGAGGUGUAAAUCUGGUGUAAAGCUGUGCAGCUCUAGAACUGACCCGGCGGGCGUCACUUGA